UUGAGAGGAACAGGAAGUAGGGAGGGGGCAAGCGGAGGAGAAUAGUCUGAUCCCUGUUGUAUGGUCUUUACAUAGUGCUCUUCCCUCUCUUCUGCUGUGGGUAUAGUGAUCCUGCUUUUUUCUCUUUCACACACGGAUUUCUCGUAGGGGAGGUGCUAGUAUGUCGCGGCGGCGGCGGCGGCACAGCGACGAGAGCGAUGGGCAACCUCACAAAAGGAGGAGAACGUCUGAGCCAUCUGAAAUUGAGGAGAGACUUGAAUCUUUAAUAUGCAGAGUGGGAGAAAAGAGUACUUCCUCUCUGGAGAGCAACUUGGAGGGUCUAGCUGGUGUCUUGGAAGCUGAUCUACCAAACUAUAAAAGCAAGAUAUUAAGAAUUCUUUGUACUGUUGCACGUCUAUUACCAGAAAAGCUUACCAUUUACACAACAUUAGUUGGGCUGCUGAAUGCCAGGAACUACAACUUUGGUGGGGAAUUUGUAGAAGCCAUGAUUCGUCAGCUCAAAGAAUGUUUGAAAGUCAACAUGUAUAAUGAAGCUGAGUACUUAGUUCGUUUUCUAUCUGAUCUUGUGAAUUGUCACGUAAUAGCUGCACCUUCAAUGGUGGCCAUGUUUGAGAACUUUGUGAGUGUGACACAGGAGGAAGAUAUACCGCAAGUACGAUGCGAUUGGUAUGUGUUUGCAUUUCUGUCAUCUUUGCCUUGGGUUGGAAGAGAGUUGUAUGAGAAGAAAGAUGCUGAAAUAGAUCGCCUCUUGUCCCACACAGAAAGCUAUCUGAAGCGUCGCCAGAAGAUUCACGUACCCAUGUUACAAGUUUGGACUGCUGAUAAACCACAUCCACAAGAGGAGUACUUGGACUGCCUUUGGGCUCAGAUUCAGAAGUUGAAAAAAGACCGUUGGCAAGAAAGACACAUUCUGAGGCCUUACCUUGCCUUUGACAGUAUUCUUUGUGAAGCAUUGCAGCAUAACCUGCCUCCAUUUACUCCUCCACCUCACACGGAAGAUUCAGUGUACCCAAUGCCAAGAGUUAUUUUUCGGAUGUUUGACUACACAGAUGACCCAGAGGGCCCUGUCAUGCCUGGCAGUCAUUCUGUUGAAAGAUUUGUAAUAGAAGAAAACCUCCACUGCAUCAUCAAAUCCCACUGGAAAGAGAGAAAGACUUGUGCUGCACAGUUGUUGAGCUAUCCAGGAAAUAAUAAGAUCCCCUUGAACUACCACAUAGUAGAGGUAAUAUUUGCAGAAUUGUUUCAGCUUCCAUCUCCACCACACAUUGAGGUUAUGUACACAGCACUCCUCAUUGAACUGUGUAAACUCCAGCCUGGCUCUUUACCACAAGUUCUUGCACAAGCCACAGAAAUGCUUUACAUGCGCUUGGAUACAAUGAAUACUACAUGUAUGGACAGGUUUAUUAACUGGUUUUCCCACCAUCUGAGUAACUUUCAGUUCCGUUGGAGCUGGGAAGAUUGGUCAGACUGUCUUACUCAGGACCUUGAGAAGCCCAAAUCCAAAUUUGUGAGAGAGGUUUUGGAAAAAUGCAUGAGGCUUUCCUACCAUCAGCGAAUAAUAGACAUUGUUCCUCCAAGCUUUUCUGUCCUCAGUCCUGCAAACCCAGUGUGUAUUUACAAAUAUGGAGAUGAAAGCAAUAGGUCUCUUCCUGGGUAUACUGUAGCACUCUGUUUAACGAUUGCAAUUAAAAAUAAGGCCAGUAAUGAUGAAAUCUUCAACAUUUUAAGAGAUGUGCCUAAUCCAAAUAAGGAUGAUGAUGAUGUUGCAGAUGAAGGAUUCACCUUCAGUCCUUUGAAAAUAGAAGUUUUUGUACAGACUCUGCUCCACCUAGCUGCGAAGUCUUUCAGCCACUCCUUCAGUGCUCUGGCUAAGUUUCAUGAAGUCUUCAAAGUACUUGCUGAAAGUGAUGAGGGGAAACUCCAUGUCCUGAGAGUUGUAUAUGAGGUUUGGAAGAAUCAUCCGCAGAUGAUUGCUGUUCUUGUGGAUAAGAUGAUUCGAACACAGAUUGUUGAUUGUGCUGCAGUAGCAAACUGGAUCUUCUCUUCAGAACUUGCACGUGAUUUUACUAGGUUGUAUGUCUGGGAAAUCUUACAUUCCACAAUUCGUAAAAUGAACAAGCAUGUACUGAAGAUUCACAAAGAACUGGAGGAGACCAAGGCAAGAUUAGCAAGACAGCACAAAAGACGAGAAAGCGAUGAAGAUGAUGACGAUGAUGACCAAAGUAGUGAUAGGGAAGAUGGACCUCUAGAAGAGCAAAUAGAACGCUUGCAGGAGAGAGUAGAAUCAGCCCAGAGUGAACAGAAGAAUCUCUUCCUUGUUAUAUUCCAGCGUUUCAUUAUGUUGUUAACUGAACACUUAGUGCGCUGUGAAACUGGUGGGAUUGAUGUAUUUACACCUUGGUACAAAAGCUGUAUAGAGAGGUUGCAGCAAAUCUUCCUACAGCAUCACCAGAUAAUUCAGCAGUACAUGGUAACCCUGGAGAACCUCCUGUUUACAGCUGAACUGGACCAUCACAUACUGGCUGUAUUUCAGCAAUUUUGUGCUCUGAAGGCCUGAGGAUUUUCAUGUGUUGUUUUAUCUGCAAGACUUAAAACCAUUUUUCUUUAAUGAGAGAAGCUCACCAUGGGGAAAGAGGAAACUCUUUAAUUCAGAACAGCUUUCAUGUGUUCCUAUAUAAAGCAAUACAGUACUCUAAUAAUAGGAACUGGAUUAGCAUCAUAAGUCUUAUUAGCUAUGACUGAUAGAGGAUUGGUGUGGAAUAAUGUAUGUACUCUCUUAAUUUGUCCUUUAAUUCGGUUUGAAACUUUACUUCAUUACAGUAUUUUUGCUUCUUCCCUCUGUCAUUUAUAUGACAAUAACAAAUAGGUCAAAAAAUUACAGAAUUGGUUACCUCUGACUGUUUGUUAAUUUACAUUGCAGAUAUGUGAAACAGGAUUUGUGGAUGUGGCAAAAAUGCACCUCUUCAGUGAGCAGUUUGAUAAGAUCUUGGUAGUAUGGCAUAAGAAAAUGACUUCACUCUGGGCAUGUGAAACACUGAGCUUUCAAAAUAGUCUGGAGCAUGUGGGUUUGUCUAUCAAACUGACUAGAUUAUCACAGUUUGAAAGAACAUGGUUGACAAACAAUUGAAAUAUGUUUUUUUAAAUGUAUUGUCUGGUGUAUUAUUACAGUAGCUGCAAACAGCCAGUAAAGAAAUUUCAUGAACAAUUUUUGAAGAUACUGAUUCUUUUCCUAGUGUGUCUGAGAAAACAUGAAUAGCCCCAGCACUGGUCCCAGCUGGUAAAUAAUUGAGACCAAUCAGAGGCAAUCUGUCCUGAAUGGGGCAGUUUCCACUUCAGUAUUGCAAAGUACAUAAACUUUGAACACUGUGCACACACAUUACGGAGGUUGUUCAUCCUGUUCUUUUGUUUUAGCUUGUAACUCCUCAGGCAGCUGAGCUUGCACUGAAUUGGACCUAUGGCUCAGUAAUGAUGCUAAAACCUUUUUUGAUGUUGACUGUGGAUAAACCAAGUGCCCAUCUCCUGUGAUUCAGUAACAACUGCUCCACGUCAGUUGAAUCUGCUUGCUUUUUAAUCUCUAAAAUGUGAAGGCAGUGUCUGGCUCACACACUUUCAAAUAGCAUUUUAGAGCUGAAUUAGGUGGGACUUUGCAAGAAACUUAAAUUGGGGACAUGUACAACCUGGAAAUGUAGUAGCUUUGUUUGAUAAGUUUGAGUUAUGCAAAUAACAUUACUUACAUAAGCACUAAGGUGGUUGGUAUCAGGGCAAGCAAUAAGAAAGGCAGGGUGGAGGUGUUAUCUUAGGCGCGCAGUUCUCUGCAGUAAUUCUGGUGUAUUUACAAGCUGUUUACAGUCUCUGUCAGAUAAGUGUUCAUACUCAGUACUAUUCAAUACUCAAACUAGAAAAUGGUGAGCUUUGAAGGUUUUUGUUCUAUAGUGGUUGGGUUUUUUUCCCCCCAAAUAAGUACUAAGUAACGCAUAAUCACUUUCAUUCCUGUGUUAAUCAAUUGGCCUGAUAUUCAAGUGCAGAAGGCAAAAAUUAAUUGCUUGAGCAUAGAUAUAAAGCUUUUGUGUGGUCUGCAGUGAUUGGGCACAUCUUCAGAAUCUUGACUCUGCUACUUUGUUCUGUAUGAUUUGACUAAUUCCUCCACUCUUCUAUAGUCAACCUUAACGUGUUUGUAAAUGUGUUUUAUACAAGGUGUUUGUCAGUCAUGCACAGACACUUGCUUCAGUCAAUAUCAUGGAUGCCCUCACUCUGACUGAGUGAACAGUACUUUGGUUCAGGCAUCACCGACAAGUAGGCCUGACUGAAAUCAGCCCUGCUGUGCAAACCUUGAAAACUGUGCUAGGCCAUAUCUUCUCAGGAACUAAGGAAUCUAGGCCACAUCUUAUCAGGAGCUAACAAUACCAGCUUGAGCUGGGACUAGACAAAACUACAAUUGCUACAGCUGCACUCCUGCACAUACACCAAAGGAGGGGUUUGACUACAAGUCAAUCACUUCACGCUAUAAAUAUCUGUAGUCCCCUCAAGCCCACUGAGCAAUCCUGUACAGCAGCAGGCUGCACGGCGAUGAUCUCCCCCUUGAGCAGGGACACCUCUCAAGGUUACUCCUUGAAGUUGAGACACCUUACCGGGCAUCUGAUAUCUACAAUGAGGUAAAUGACAUUUUACAUUAGGCCUAAAGGUAUAUUGUAUGCUAGGGACAUUUAUAUAUCCAGCUAUAGCUUAAUUAUUAGAAGUGUAGUAAGUAGUAGAGUGAUGGCUAUCUAAUCACCAUCUAAAUUAUUUUUUAAAUCAUUUAAAUCAUUGUCAAAUCAUUGCCAAUCAGUGUUUUAAUUACCAUUCAAUUCUUGCUUAAUCACAAUUUGAUUAAUAUUUAAUUGUCAUUCAAUCAUCAAGUAAUUAUCAUUUGAUCAUCAUUUAGGCAUUAAUAAAAACCUGUUCGUUAACCCCACAACAAUGACUUCUCUUAAUAAUUAAUCUGUGACAGUCAAAUACCCUAUUUUUCUUUAGAAGCAUUUAAUACAGUACAGAGGUGUGAAUUGGGAUCAUAGCCUUUGAUUUCCAGUGGGACUGACCAAUAAGGGGUUCUCUCACUUUCAUUAAUGGAGGGGAUGUCAUUGAAUUUAAAGUUGAUUUCUCUAAAACUGAGAAUGCAGUGCAACUUACAGAUGUGUAACUUCUCCUCCAAGCCUUUCAUCAAGUAGACAAAUGCUCCUGCUGGGAAUAUAGCAGCAAAUAACUGAGCACGGACAGUGUAAUUCUAAACACAUAAUUUAAACCCAAAUUACAGUGCCUUUAAAAAUAAUCAUAAUAAAGAUCUGUCAUAAUGGCUGUUGAACCCUCUCUUGCAGAGUGUUUUUAUCGGUGUUUUGCUGGUGUUGGUCUUGGUUGUAAGCACUGAAAGUACAUGAGGAUGUGCUUGACCAUGUUCGUGUUAGUGGCUAUAUGACAAGUUAUCUGUGUGUCUGUGUCUUGACAGUAUUGCUGUCCUGCAAGGGAGAAGCAUUUUCCUUUCCCAGCUGAAGUCCUCUUCAGAGUUGAGGUCCUCCGAACCAAAGUAGAAAAAGGAGUUCUGGCUUUAUCAACUACUUGCCUUCUGCUGGUCCAUGACAAACCACUCAUUCAAUUGGUAACUACAUGUCGUGGUUCAGCCCCAGUCAGCAACUAAACACCACGCAGCCGCUCGCUCACUCCCCCCACCCCUGUGGGAUGGGGGAGAGAAUCAGAAGAGCAAAAGCUAAAGGAAAAAAACUUGUGGGUUGAGCUAAGAACAGUUUAAUAAUUAGAAUAAGAUAAGUAUAAUGAGUACUAUUAUAGUAAUAGCAAUAAUGAUAAUAUAAUUAAAAGGAAAAGGGAAAAAGGGGAAAAACCAAGAAACAAACGAUACAACCGCUCACCACCCGCCGACCGACGCUGCCGGUCCCCGAGCCGCGAUUGCUGCCUCCCUCCCCCAGCCAGCCCCUCCCAGUUAACAUACUGGGCAUGACGUUACAUGAUAGGGAAUAUCCCUUUGGCCAGUUUGAAUCCGCUCUCUUAGCUGUGCCCCCUCCCCUCCCGGCUUCUUGGGCACCUGGCAGAGCAUGGGGAAGCUAGAAAGGUCCUUGACUAGUACAAGAACUACCCAGCAACAAGCAAAACAUCUGUGUGUUAUCAACAUUAUUUUCAUACUAAGUCCAAAGCACACCACUAUGCCAGCUACAGCGAAGAAAAUUAACUCUAUCCCAGCUGAAACCAUGAUACUACACAACAGCUUGAAAACUAGUCGCAACACAAUUUCAUUUUGCUUUCAUUUAAAAUCUCCUUUAAAAGAUAUAUAGUGAAUAUAAAAUCAGGGUAACACUGUAUCUUGUUAAUUUAUGGUCAUGUACAGUACAUCUUUGUAUGUGUAUCUAUUCUUCUCUGAGUUUUGAUUUGUCUUGCAGAAUCUAACUUUUCCUUGUUCGCAUUAUCUUAAUGGACAGAACUACACAAAUAUGAGAUCUCAUGUGUGUUGCAGGCCAAAAAAGAGUUUUGAGUUAGGGAAUUUUGAUGAAGUUAUUGCCAAUGCCAAUUAACAAACAGUUGAUUACUGAUUCUGGUAUUGGGAAAUAAAACUGAACAAAUACAUAAACACUUAGAGAAAACACAACUCAGUUCCUCUCCAGACACCUCCCCUCCCCUCUUCCUGGUCUCCGUUCGCCUUGUUGACACAUUACACUCGGUCCCUUCAGUGAAGUGACAGACAGCACAGGAGCUUGGGGUCAGUGCAUUGUGGUUCUUUUUUUGCCAUUCCUUCUUUCUUUCUCAAUUGCUCCAGCGUGUGAAGGGGGAAAUUAAAAUUGUAACUGCUCAGCAAUGGUAAUUUGAGACUGAGGAAUGAUCUGGCCUGGUAGGCAAGAAGGCCUAACUGCAGAACCAGGUUAAGCAAUAGAAGCAGGAAUGCUGGAGGUGGAACAACUCCAUAUAAAGUUCCCUUGCUGAUAAGAUAAGAAAUGCCUCAGUAUUGACUUGUAACAAUGAUUGCUGCAUCUGGCUUGUAGGCCCACAGCCCAGGAAGUUCUCUAGGUCUCUGUCAGAAUGGUAAGCACUCGCUGCAGAGCUAAUACCAGUGUUCCCAUGGCAAAUGCCCCAGAGAGGUCUGAUGCAUCCACCCAGGUGGAAAUGGUAAGGAAGGAGGCUUCAGUACAGGUGGUAGGUUGCAAUGAGUGCCCCGACCCCUCACCUGGUGAGAAGGUAAGUACCUGCACAAGAUGUGCACAGGUUGAUGAUCUGCUGCGCCAGGUGGCUGAGUUGCAGGAGACAGAAGGCUGAGUAAUAUCAGUAGAACUGAGGCAGAGAUAGGCGGUCUUAGAACCCCGCUCCUGCAGCAGACACCACUGAGAAGGAGGAGGCACCUUGGACCCUGGUGACCUGCAAAAGCAGGCCUCUGCCUCAGCCCCCACCUCCCAGUAUCACCAGCAACAACAGAUCUGUAGCUUUAGCAGCUGCAGACACCCACAAGCAAGGUCUACAAGGUGCAACUGUACCAGCAGCACAGAGUAGAUACCGUAAAAAGAAGACACGAGUACUUGUAGUGGGUGACUGUUAAAAGGCACUGAGGCACCCAUCUGCCAACCUGACAGGGAGUCACGAGAGGUUUGCUGUCUUCCGGGAGCUAAGAUCCGAGACAUCACUGAGAGGGUGCCACAACUUGUCAGAAGCACUGAUUACUAUCCUCUGUUACUCUUCCACGUGGGCACAAAUGACGCUGCAAGCCAGAGCCUGGGCAGAACUAAGGAAGACUAUAAAGUCCUGGGAAAGCAAGUGAAAAAUAUUGGUGCCCAAGUUAUCUUCUGUCCUGGUUUCAGCUGGGAUAGGGUUAAUUUUCUUCAUAGUAGUUAAUAGGGGGCUAUGUUUUGGAUUUUUUCUGGAAACAGUGGUGAUAAUGCAGAGAUGUUUUAGUUGUCGCUAAGUCGUGCUUACACUAGUCAAGGACGUUUUCAGCUCCCCAUGCUCUGCUGUGUGCACAAGAAACUGGGAGGGGGCACAGCCGGGGCAGCUGACCCCAACUGACCAAAGGGAUAUUCCAUACCAUAUGACAUCAUGCUCAGUAUAUAAAGCUGGGGGAAGAAGAAGGAAGGGGGGACAUUCAGAGUGAUGGUGUUUGUCUUCCUAAGUAACCAUUACACAUGAUGGAGCCCUGCUUUCCUGGAGAUGGAUGAACGCCUGCCUGCCCAUGGGAAAUGGUGAAUGAAUUCCUUGUUUUGCUUUGCUUCUGCACAUGGCUUUUGCUUUGCCUAUUAAACUGUCUUUAUCUCAAACCAUGACUUUCCUGACUUUUACUCUAACGAUUCUCUCCCCCAUCCCACCAGGGGGGGAGCGAGCGAGCGGCUGUGUGGUGCUUGGUUGCUGACUGGGGCUAAACCAUGACAGUCCUUUUUGGCACCCAACGUGGGGCACAAAAGGUUUGAGAUAACAACAGAUUUGAUUGGAAUGCCCUAGAUUGAAUUUAUAGCGGUUAUUGCUGUUUAGCUAUUAAUUGGCAGGCUUCUGUGCUUGCUAUGGGGCUUGCUUGCCUUAUUAUAUAUACAUACACUGUAUGCCUUAAAGUCUAGUGCUUGUUACUGGCUGCUUUUUGCUUUCUCUGCUUGCUGUACUGCUUAUCAACUUACUCUGCUGUGCCUGGGAACUUUCUGAUAACAGCAAUGGCCAGGCGCCUGGGCUGGCAGAUGGCCAGGGCAUCGCUGCUGUUUCUGUGCUGCUGUACUGGACAGGCUGGAACACCAGUGUGAACUCGAGUCAAAGGGACUGUGACCUGUGGAUGAAACAACAUGGGAGCAGGACACCCUGAAGCAUCUUUGGCCAUGGCUAAGCCCAUGCCAGAGCAGCAGGAACCACUUGAACCACUGGAGGACAAGCCUUUCAAGAAGCAGUGCAAGUGCAGCAGUGACCUGACCUGAGCUGGCUUUGGUGCCCAGUAACUCCACGCAACACACCAUCUCUCCUGUCCUGAGUGACCACCAGAACAGAUGGAGCCCAAAGUCAUGGACUAAAUGAACUCAAUGGACAUUUUGUGGGCAUUUGUGGACCCUCUACAGAUAUUUUACAGGGGUGGUCCAUAGACUAAGGGAGUGAUAAAUGAUAUCUGUGUAUUUUAUCAAAGGAUGGGAAGGGAGGGUGGAGGUUAAUGAGGUUGUACUGGAUAGUGUGGGACCUGAGCAUGACAUAAAUGGUAUGGAAUAAGAGGUGGAUACUGUCCUGUUUUCAGCUGGGAUAGAGUUCAUUUUCUUUGUAGUAGCUAGUAUGGGACUAUGUUUUGGAUUUUUUCUGGAAACAGCGGUGAUAAUGUGGAGAUGUUUUAGUUGUUGCUAAGUCGUGCUUACACUAGUCAAGGACGUUUUCAGCUCCCCGUGCUCUGCUGGGUGCACAAGAAGUUGGGAGGGGGCACAGCCGGGACAGCUGACCCCAACUGACCAAAGGGAUAUUCCAUACCAUAUGAUGUCAUGCUCAGUAUAUAAAGCUGGGGGAAGAAGAAGGAAGGGGGGACAUUCAGAGUGAUGGUGUUUGUCUUCCUAAGUAACCAUUACACAUGAUGGAGCCCUGCUUUCCUGGAGAUGGAUGAACGCCUGCCUGCCCAUGGGAAGUGGUGAAUGAAUUCCUUGUUUUGCUUUGCUUCUGCGCAUGGCUUUUGCUUUGCCUAUUAAACUGUCUUUAUCUCAAACCAUGA